AGUCCUGGUGUCCACCUCCUCCAUCUUCAUCUCCACCUCCUCCACACAUCUCCACCUCCUCCAUCUUCAUCAGUCCUCAACAUGGAGGCUCUGGGAGGUUAUCCAUCUAAAGCUUCCAGCUCCAGACCUCGGCUCAUGUCCCUCAUCAUCACUGUGACUCUCUGCAUCUCCUCGCUUUAUCUCCUGCAUGCAAAAAUCUCCAGGAACCGCAAACACGCGAGUUUUUACUCUUUCCACGUGACAGACACGAAGGGGAGAAGCGUGUCACUGGACAAAUAUCGGGGAAAAGUGUCUCUGGUUGUAAAUGUGGCGAGUCACAGCGAACAGACUGAGCAGAAUUACAGAGAGCUGCAGGAGCUGCACCGGGCUCUCGGCUCGACUCACUUCACCGUGUUGGCUUUCCCGUGUGCGCAGUACGGAGACACAGAACCGGGGACGGGUCGAGAUGCGGAGGCCUUUGCGAGAUCCAACUACGCCGUCACUUUCCCCUUCUUCAACAUGAUAAAAAUCAUGGGGUCAGAGGUGGAGCCGGCCUUUAGGUUCCUCACAGAUUCAGUUCAACAAAUACCAAAGUGGAACUUCUGGAAGUUUCUGGUGAGCGCUGAGGGUCAGGUUCUGCGGGUGUGGAAGCCGGAGGAACCGAUGGAAGAAAUCAGGAAGGAAGCGACUGCUCUGGUGCGAGAAAUUAUACUGAAAAAGAGACAUGAGCUCUGAGAGUGAUUCUGUAUGUGAGGUGGAAAAAUUCAGAGAGAAACGACGCCUCAGUGUGGAGCUGGAAGAGAACGGACAACUCUACGUGUGGUUUAGGAGUGUGUGUGUGUGUGUGUGUGUGUGUGUGUGUGUGUGUGUGUGUGUGUGUGUGUGUGUGU